AUGUCGACUCUUACAGUUCCUCAACAAGUCCCUCCUGUGUCUGAAGACGUUGAGCAGCUGAGAAAAGCCUUCUCAGGAUGGGGGACAAAUGAGGGGUUGAUCAUAUCCAUAUUGGGUCAUAGGAAUGCUGCUCAACGCAAGCUGAUUCGACAGGCAUAUGCUGAGGCUUAUGGGGAAGAUCUUCUGAAGGCAUUGGACAAGGAACUUUCAAAUGAUUUUGAGAGGCUGGUGCUGCUUUGGACCCUCGAUCCUGCUGAAAGGGAUGCUUUUUUGGCAAAUGAGGCUACAAAGAGAUGGACUUCGAGCAAUCAGGUACUUAUGGAGAUUGCCUGCACAAGGUCUUCCGAUGAACUGCUUCUUGCAAAGCAGGCUUAUCAUGCUCGUUUUAAGAAGUCCCUUGAAGAGGAUGUUGCACAUCACACAAGUGGGGACUUCCGCAAGCUUCUGUUUCCUCUUGUGUCCUCUUACCGUUAUGAGGGAGACGAGGUGAACAUGACCCUUGCAAAAUCAGAGGCUAAGAUACUCCACGAGAAGAUUUCAAAUAAGGCUUACAGUGAUGAGGAGCUCAUCAGGAUUUUGGCUACCAGGAGCAAAGCACAGAUCAAUGCUACUCUGAAUCAGUACAAAAAUGGAUUCGGUAAUGAUAUCAACAAGGACUUGAAAGCCGAUCCUAAGGAUGAGUUCCUUGCAUUGCUGAGGGCCACAGUUAAGUGCUUGACGCGCCCUGAGAAGUACUUUGAGAAGGUUCUUCGUUUGGCGGUCAACAAAAGAGGAACAGAUGAAGGUGCUCUGACUAGAGUUGUCGCUACAAGGGCAGAGGUUGACAUGAAGGCCAUAAAAGAUGAAUACCAGCGAAGGAACAGUAUACCUCUGGAUCGUGCCAUUGUCAAGGACACUCAUGGCGACUAUGAAAAACUACUUCUGGAAUUAGUGGGACACGAAGAUGCCUAA